AUGAAAACAAAACAAAUAGAGACAAGACUUGCAUGGAUUUACUCGAUGUUCAUACGGGGUCUUAAAAAGGAGGUCGGAAUCAAUGAUUUAUAUAAGUGCCCCAAAUCUGAUGAAUCCGAGAAACUUGUGAUGACUUUAGAAAAGAAUUGGGAUAAAGAGAUGAAGAAAAAGAGUCCCAGUUUUAUAAGAGCUAACCUCAACACAUUCACACUGCAAAUGUUGCCUCCGUUUCUGCUAUAUUUCUUUGAGGAAUGUUUCCUGAAGAACGCUCAGCCCCUGAUGUUAGGCAUUGUUAUCCGCUAUUUCAACAAGAAUUCCGAUGUUUCGUAUAACAAGGCGUGUUUGUGUGCGGCCGGAGUGGUCGGCGCGUCACUCCUGUACACCAUAUGUCAUCAUCCGGCGUGUCUUUUAGCGGUCAGAGUGGCCACUAAACUGCGGGUCACGUGGUGUACGAUUAUGUAUAAAAAGGCCAUUAGACUAAAACCGUCGGCGUUUGGAAAGACAACUGUCGGUCAGAUAUUGAAUCUAAUGUCAAACGACGUGAGCAGAUUUGACGAGUUUUGUAUAAUCGUGUCGUAUAUGUUUGUGGCGCCGAUUCAGUCCAUAAUAGGAUUGUAUAUCUGUUACACUUAUAUUGGAUGGGUUUGCUUUAUAGGACUCGCGAUACUAUUAUUAUUUAUCCCGUUUAAUAGUCUUAUCGGACGACUAUUUUUGAAAAUUAGAACAAAAGUGGCCGUACUUUCAGAUAAUAGGAUCCGUUUAAUGAAUGAAAUAAUCAAAGGGAUGGCAGUUAUAAAGAUGUACGCCUGGGAGAGACACUUCUCCCGCAUGAUCUCAGAGGCCAGGAGGGAAGACACUACUCUCCUAUUGAAUCACGUAUUGAUUAUUGUGAAAGAGAUGGCAAAAAUAAAACAGGCGACACUUCUCCGGGCCCUCAAUAUAUCCAUAUCGAUAAUCUCCGCGCGAGUCAUACUCUUUACGAUAUUCAUUGUGUAUGUCUUCCGCGGCAAUCACUUGGAGGCAGAAGUGGUUUUCGUAACGAUGUCUAUAUUCAAUACACUCCGACACACAAUGACAUGGCUUUUCCCAAAUUCAAUAGCAUUGGCCGCCGAGAUAUACGUGUCGUGCGGACGCGUACAGGUCUGGCCACUAAUGCGUAGAUUUUUAUUGUUGGAUGAGAUCGAAGACAAACCAAUUGAAGACAAUAAAGAGGGUAUAAAUAGAAAGAAAGAAAAGCUUAAUAAAAAAGAAUCGAUGCAAAAGAAUGGCAUUAAUAUUAUCGUUGAAAAAGUGCCCCCAAAUGGAGGCGAAGAUAUAAAUACCACUAUUAUUGUCGACGAAAUGUCUGCCAAAUGGACUUCUGAAUCGGAAAGCGAUACUUUGAAAAACAUAACGUUAAGUUUGAAACCGGGAGAACUGUUGGCAGUCAUCGGACCGGUAGGCUCUGGAAAGAGCUCAUUCCUGAUGUCUUUGAUGAACGAGAUUGAGGUGACGUCGGGAUCGGUAGAAGUGAAGGGGAGUAUAGCGUAUGCCUCUCAGGAGAGCUGGUCUUUCAAUUCAAGUAUUUUGCAAAACAUAAUGUUUGGAAAGACUUACGACUCGAAGAAAUUCCGAGAAGUGAUAAAUGUUUGCGCAAUGAAUAGAGACUUAAAACUGUUUCCCUUCGGAGAGAAAACAUUAGUCGGAGAGAGAGGGGUGUCGUUGAGUGGCGGACAGAAGGCCAGGAUUACAUUAGCUCGUGCCCUCUAUAAUGACGCCGAUAUCUACCUAUUGGACGACCCAUUAAGUGCCGUCGACUCCGAAGUUGCGAAACAUAUUUUUGAAAAGUAUAGUAAAAUAUUUUCUGAAAUUAAUUCAUCGAUUGAUAUCAUUAUUAAAAUAGUAUUAACUCUGUAUAACAGAUGCAUAACUGAAUACCUGAAGUCAAAGACAGUAGUUUUAGUCACACAUCAAAUCCAAUUCAUUAAAAAGGCCACAAAAAUUCUUGUGCUGAAUGAGGGCCGACCCCUAGGCUUCGGAUCAUACGAUGAUUUAAGUAAUUCAGGCAUUGAUUUCAUGUCUUUAAUCGAAGAAAAGAAAUCAGAAAAUGAGAAGAAAAAGGAGGAGAAAAGUGACGAAAUAUUGAUUGCGGAACAGAUUAUCGCCAGAAAGAGGACUAUCAGUACUCUAUCGACUAAAUCUGAGGCUGACAUUCAAAUAAGUGAACCAAAAUUAGCCGAAGAAAGCAAAGCCUCGGGAUCUAUUGACUCUAGGGUUUACUGGGAUUAUGUCAGAGCCGGAGCUGGUAUUGCCCUUAUGGUUACGGCUUUCGUGUCAACAAUUGUCUCUCAGGGACUCUUCCACUACAGCGAUAUAUGGCUAACCGAUUGGACUAACGCUGAGGACCAAAGAAACGCAACCGAAGAAUACAUGGCGACGACUUUCAUAACACUAAUCAUACGGUCGGGAACUUUCUUCAUGAUGUGUAUCAUAGCGUCAGUCAAUCUUCACAACAGAAUAUUCUUUAAACUAAUGAGAGCUCCGAUCGGUUUCUUUGACAACAAUCCCGUCGGCCGAAUUUUGAAUCGGUUUACAAAAGACGUGGGAAUAGUUGACGAACAGUUGCCGUUGUGUUCCUAUGACUUGAAUCUGAUUAUAACGCAAGUGAUCGGUACUAUAAUUGUGGUGGCGUUAGUCAACUGGUAUUUAAUAUUUCCGGCAAUUCUUAUGGUUUUUCUUAUUUUACAAAUUCGUUGGAUUUAUAUUAAGACGGGAAGAGAUCUGAAGAGAUUUGAAAACACAGCCAGAAGUCCAAUGUAUAACCACAUGACUACAACACUCAAUGGUUUGGCCACAAUCAGGGCAUUCAGGGCUCAGGAAAUGUUUAAACAGCAGUACUUCAGGUACCAGAACGACCACACGGCCACAUAUGUCAUGUGCUACUGUGCCUCCAGAGCUCUCGGAAUAAUGAUGGACUGGGUUUGUAUGAUCUAUAUAUUCUGUGUGGCAUUAUUUCUAAUGGUAAUACCUGGAGACACACUCGGAGGCAGCGCUGGUCUGGCGUUUACGAUGGCAUUGGGCUUAACGGGAAUGACUCAGUGGGGAGUCAGACAAUCGGCUGAAGUCGAGAAUCAGAUGACUUCUGUGGAGAGGAUUCUCGACUUGAAUCGGAAGCAGAACUCGAAAGCGUCACAAAACCAGCGCUCGAUUGGCCACAAGAGGGACACAUCCAACUCAAAGACGUUUACCUCACUUAUGAAAACUCUCCNCGAUUGGCCACAAGAGGGACACAUCCAACUCAAAGACGUUUACCUCACUUAUGAAAACUCUCCGAAACCGACACUAAUUGGUCUGAAUUGUGUGAUAAGAGGCGGAGAGAAAGUGGGAGUCGUUGGCCGAACGGGUGCCGGAAAGAGCUCUAUAUUGUCCGCACUCUUCCGUAUGCAUGAAUGCGAAGGCAAUAUCAUUAUCGAUGGCAUUGACUGCAAGAGUAUAGGUCUUCACGAUUUGCGCAAAAAGAUGUCAAUUAUACCUCAGGAUCCGAUCGCUUUCAUUGGCUCUUUGCGCAAGAAUUUGGACCCAUUUGAUGAGCACUCGGAGGACAAGUUGUGGGAUGUGUUAGAAGAGGUUCAGCUGAAAGAGGCUGUGAAUGAAAUGCCCGGACGUCUGGACUACCAGUUGUCGGAAAGUGGGGGUAAUCUGAGUGUCGGUCAAAGACAACUGAUAUGUUUGGCGAGAGCUAUACUCAAACGAAACCGUAUACUAGUGUUAGACGAGGCGACCGCUAAUGUGGACCAUAAGACGGAUUCACUGAUUCAACGGACUAUUAGAGAAAACUUUGCCGAUUGUACUGUCAUUACAAUAGCCCACAGACUAAACACAAUCAUAGAUUCGGAUCGAGUGUUGGUUUUAGACGCCGGAAGGAUCAUAGAGUUCGACAGACCUUUCAUUCUCCUGCAGAACAACACCGGAAUGUUCUAUAAGUUAGUCAAACAAACGGGUCUUUCAAUGGCUAACGAUCUGAUGAGAGCCGCCAAAGAGGCAUACGAUUUGAAACCCAAUCAUUCAGUCGAAGACAGUAUUAAAGACAAUAUCAGAAUUGAAUGA